AUGGCCACCUCGGCGCGGCGCCAGCUCUUUCGGCGCUCCAAAGCGGGUUGCUGGAAUUGUCGCUCCAAAAAGAAGAAAUGCGACGAGCUUCGUCCUCAUUGUACACGAUGUAUCCGUGCUGGCGAAAACUGUCGCUACCCAGAUGCCAGUACAGAGUCGCUUUCUGAGUCCAACACCUCCAUGUCAGUCAAUGACUACGCCUCGCCCUCCAAGACAUCUUCGGCUUCAUUUCCCACCAGUCUGUCCAGCAUGCAUGCUGCACCCAUGCUUUCACGGUCAUCCUCCACGUCUGGCUAUUCAUCGCAGCCUCAUCACCCUCGUCACGGCCCUAGCUCACAUCAUCCUUACCAUCAUCAUCCCUAUGCAUCGCCAUCUGGUCCAGGUCCUAGCCAUGCACUACCGCCGCAACACCGAGACUACCACGCCCAGAGACCAUCAGGCUACCAGCGUCAUUCACCGCCGGCGCCUGUGCAAAAUGGUUCUCAUCAUCCCUAUCACCACGGGCCGCACAGCAACGCUCAUGCCCAACUCCCUCAGCAGCAGUUCCCACCUCCUCCUCUGUCAGCGAGUGCAGCUGCAGACUGGGACCACACUUCGCAGCAGCAUGUCUCCAAACGCACUCGUUACGAUGAGUUCUCCUCCUCAGCCUCUUCGACUUCGUCCAACCCAGCGUAUCAGGACGCUCGCGCACGUCAGCCAUUUGAUGCUCAUCACAGGAUCCCCUCCAACCAGAGCCAGACAAGCAGCAGGGGGAAGGCUCGUGUCACGCUUCCGUCCAUCUCACCGCAUCAGCCUAACUCUGUGGCCAUAGCCGCCUCAGCUUCACUCCCGCCCAUCCACACUGUAUCACCGCCGCAGCAUCGUCCCACCGCUUCCCCUGACCUUUCGACUCGUUCGGUCAACACGUCUCCGGACCAUCAUACGAGUCCUGUCUUUGCCAAUGGUCGACACCAGGGUCCAGUGACAACAGCUAGUGCAGAGUCGGUCGCUCCUGAUUCGCGCGUGUAUCCACCUUCCCACGAUGCAGCCAAUGUCAACUCCCUGCCUCCUCUGGCUCGCGUUUCUGACUUGCAGUCUCACGCAUCACCGAGUCCUUCGUCUCGCCUAACAUCAUCUUCGGGCGCUGCUUUGCCACGACAAAAGCUUGUUCUGGACUAUUCUUCCGCCGAGCUCGACCCGGAGCAGCUCAUGGACGGACUGCCAUCGCUCUCGCUCUCGAUUGUAACAGAGCAGACUAAGGGCGCAAAGGCCUACUUCAAUCUGCUCCAAGGCAUCGCACGCAUGAGUCAAGGCCAAGCGAUGGCGCAUGCUUUGGCAGCCAUGAUUGCGACGCAGCGAGCCAACUUGUCCUCUGCUAACACGAGCAAGAAGACCGCAACAGGUAGCCCACAAGAUGGAGUUGCGGCGGCCAAGGACGGCAGUUCGAGCAAGAAUGCAGACGAUGAAGCAACGGAUCUGCUCGAGCUUGCCAACCGUCAUCACUUGGCUUCUAUCAAAGCCUUGCAGACUCAAGGGCAACCCAGCCGUCGUCGACGCUUUUCAGUCAUCGAGUCGAGCUCGAGCACACCUACCGCUGAGCUUCCGAUCGGCAGCAAUGCAGCUGUUAUGAUGCUUCUCAUUCUGGCAUGCAGCUCUGUUGGCAAGUCGCUCAUGCUGCCUUCGUACUUCAACCAGUGCGAGCAGUACCUUGCCGAUGCCGUUGAGCACGUCUCUUCGCAUCGACUCUUCCCUUCAGUGACCGGCGAGCCCACUGACGGCACUCCUGAAGAGCCACCCAUGUUUAUGCCCGAAAACCUCUCCAACUACGGUACGCUUCUCCUCCUGGGCACUGUGGUGGGUCUGUACGAGUGUUACCUCUCCCAGUACACUGCCAUCACCGACUGGGAUUACAAUCCCGCUCGAUUGCGUCGACUUCUGCCUUUUAACUGGAACGAGUCCGAUGCUGCUAUUUUUGAUCAGACGCGAAACACUGUAUCAGAGACGACGUACAGCGUUUCCAUGGUCACCUUUGAGCUCGUCAUCGAGACGCUCGACACGAUGCGAAAGUUCAAGCAAGCCGAGGCUAACGCUUACGGCGACCGCAAGAGUAGUCGUCGUGAGGCAGAAGAUGGCUCAGCAGCCCUCGACAGUCUUGCACAUAGAGAAGAGCUUGGUCUGAUCAUCCGCGAUCUGGAGGCCGGAACUUUCUGGAAGGGUGCCAUUGCCAUUCUCAGCGAGACUGAGCAGCUCCAGGUGCUCGACAGCAUCGACGGCAAAUUCUCACAAGACAAGGACGAAGACAAGAGCAGCAGGCAAAUGCCUCCUCCACCAGCUCUCACGAAUGGCGACACAUCCAGCACCGCCAUUCUCACGGCCUAUAGGUCGGGUUCGCUCUUUGUUACUCCUCAGACUGGCAGCGAGGCAGACAUCAAGCAACAACAGGUCAACCGACUCCGCCUUGGCAACCAUCUUUACCGCAACGCCCUUCUCGUCGAUCUGUACGUCACGGUCUUCAACCGUCCCGCUUCGAGCCAGAACAUUCGCGAUCUAGUAUCUCGCAGCAUCUCGCUCCUGGCCGCAGUACCGGACAAGUUGGAGUCGGGACUCAUGUGGCCCGCCGUCGUGCUCGGCUCGUACGCGCAGAACGUAUCUGAGCGCAACCAGGUUCGCCAAUUCGUGCAUCGAGCGCAGUGGAAAGGUACCUCAGGGCCAGCUUCGGCAGCAGAUGUGCUUGAACGAGUUUGGAGUGAGGACGCAGAAUCGUGGCGGGAAAGCGUCGCUUACUUUGGCAGCCCUUAUUUUUCUUAG